AGCACACACUCUCUCUCUCACAGAGACUGCCGUGCUGCUGGAGUGUGUUUAGGUGGGUUUGGAUCUGCACUCCCGCAGCAGCAUGACGGACCCUCAGAAGGAGCCUCAGGAGGACCCCAACCAGAGCUUCUGGAUGCCUGGUAACUAUGUGGACACAGUGCAGCGGACUCAAAACGGCUUCCAGGUGUGUGAGGACAUCGUGGCCUGCUUUAAGGACCGAGCGCGAGUGGAGAAGCGUUACGCUCAGCAGCUGAAAGAGUGGAGCAGCAAGUGGAAAAGUAUAGCAGACUCCAGGCCGCUCUAUGGUUCCCUCAUGCGGGCAUUUCAGAGUUUUUUCUCCUCCGCUGAGCGUCUGUCUGUUCUUCAUUCGUCCAUCUCUCACUCCCUCGUUUCGGAGGAUGAAGAGCGUAUCCACUCGUGGCAGAAGGAGGCAUUCCAGCGGAAAAUGUUCUAUGGUUUCAGGGAGACAUAUGACCUUGAGACGGCGUUUGCACGAGUUCAGAAACCCUGGGUGAAGAAACUGAAGAAGCUGGAAAGCGCUCAGCAUGCUCAUCAUAAAUCCUGCGAGAAGGAGCUGAGUGCUCUAGAUAAAGAGCGACAAGCCAAACACAACCCCAAGCUCAAGGAACAUAUGCUCGCCAAGAUCCAGCAGGCCCGCGAGAAAGCCACCCAGGACAGAGACAAAGCUCGUGAACGCUAUGAGAAGGUUCUGGAGGACGUGACAGGCUAUGCCCCGCGCUACAUGGAGGAGAUGGAGGCGGUGUUUGACCAAUCACAGGAGCAGGAGAGGAAACGCAUCAGCUUCCUCAAACAGACCUUCCUGUCCAUUCACAGACACCUCGACGUCACCAACAACGACAGGUGUGCGUCCGAGUGGGUUCCUCCUGUUAAGAAGAAGAAACAUGGGAAGAAGCCAAAGCCACUCACAGGAGACGGGAAAACGGUUAUGAUUGGAGGAGUGCGAGUGAAAGCUCUUUAUGACUAUGUCGGGGAGGAGGCUGAUGAGCUGUCAUUCAAAGCAGGGGAGGAGUUUCUGAAGGUGGAGGAAGAGGAUGAGCAGGGCUGGUGUCGCGGGGUGAAGGAGGGCGGACCUGAAGGCUUCUAUCCAGCCAAUUACGCACAGGUGGUGCAGUGACGUCAUCACGACCCACAGGUUGCUUGUUCAGAUUGAGGUUGUCAUGGAUACGGACCGUCAAAUCGGAUGCAGUUUGAGAAUGUCCUCAUUAGGACAUCACACAGGCUUCGGCACCGUCCGGCCUGUUUUACCAUUUCGCUGUUUUACCUGCGCUGACUGACCACACAGCCAAUCAGCUCAUUAACAACAGCUUAAUUAAUAACACAGACCGUGGAGCUGCGGUUCAGAACCACUACUCUCAUUUACUUCAGUUAUACACACGUUAUAUCAUUUAUUAUAAGAGGCUAUUAAUCAGUGCUAUAUUAUCUCUGUGUUAGUUUUCCUGUGGACACAAGGGGGCGACCAGCAAGCCCCUUUCAGUGCUUAAUGACUGUUUAAACUUCUUUCAGGCAUUGGAAAGUUGGCUUGUUGUUAUUAAUAAUAAUUAUAAAUAAUUAAUUAAUAAUAAUUAUUGUUAUAUAGAUAUGGUGCUCAAUCCAUUGUACUGCAAAAACUGUACAAGAAAAAAAAAGAUUAAAAUUCUGAUACACACAAA